GGGACUACUUUCACUGUAUCAUUUUUGGCCUCGGAACAAGCGCUGCUGCUUAUCCAGUUGCUCAUUUCACAGUCCAGAGGGUGAACAUAGUUAAUGGUGGCGGGUUGAACUUCACCGGAUAAAUGUCGGCAGGACGGAAACGUGAAGCUCAGGAGGAAACAAGCGUCGGACUAAUUAACGCUAAUUACCGGGCGGCGCGUGGCCUUCACGUAGAGCCACGCAAAGACCUGGGAACCUUGGAGUCCAGACAGAAAGACCGACACAGAUUAAGAAGAAGAUGAGGGACACAGAAGCCAGACUGGUGUGUUUGGUUUGGAUACUGAUGGCGCAGCGCUGCUGUUGUGCCUCCAGCUUGCAGGGGGAGGAAAAGCGGACGCAAAACGCACAGCGGGCCUCGCCUGCAGUCACCUGCUCAGUCCGCGGGAUGACAGCCGUGUUUGGCCCGCCGGUCACGAAAAAACUGCGUGUCAGAGACGUGUCAGGUACUCCAGUCCCUUUAGUUAAUUCUAAGAGGUCCUGUGGAGUGAAGGUGGGUAAAGAGGAGAACCAGAACCUCUCGUUUUUCAGCAGAUAUGACAGCUGCUAUGCAAGGAUAGAGGGCAACAAAGUGGUGGUCUCGCUGCAGGUCCAGUUGACAGGAGAGAACCAGUGGAUCGGAGUGAACAUCAGCUGUCCUCUGAUCAAGAGAAGCGGUCGGAAAACCCAGCCGACUUCGUCUUCUUCUCCAGCUUCCCUCGGUAAAUGCAAUGCUGAUGAGUCCCUGCGUUUAAAUUGUGGUCACCAAAACAUCACCAGCAGCGCCUGCCAGAAACUGGGCUGCUGCUACGAUGCUCAGUCUUCUGCCUGCUACUACCGACUUAACGGUAAAAGGAACAUUUCACCUGUAAGAGGUUGUCAGGCGUACAAAAGAGAAACAUCCCCAAACUAUUUCUCUGAGUUGCGUUUUUGUUGUUGUUGUUGUUUAGCAUGCUCUCUGGACGGACACUUUGUGUUCACGGUCAAGGCCACGGACAGCCAUCCACCCAUUGACCCCGGCAGCCUUGCGAUCAAGGAUCAGCCUCACUGUUUGCCCGCAAUCUCAACCUCAGACACUGCCGUCUUCAAGAUGGGAGUCACGGACUGCGGCGCGAAGAUGAGGACAGAUGGCCAUCUGGUGAUCUAUGAGGUUGAAGUGGAGGAGCAGAACAAAAACAGGAAAAGACAUUCACCCUUUCGUCUGCAGGUUGAGUGUGAAUACGACGAAUCGGAUCUGAAACAUGCAAAAGACUUGAGGUCUUUGUAUACCGUUACCAAUCCACCGGCUGUAGUGGCAAAGGGAACCAUGAGGGUGCAGAUGAGAUUAGCUACAGAUUCUUCCUUUACCAUCUUUAUGCCAGAAGACCGGCUUCCCCUAAAACUUCCGCUGCGUGAGACGGUGAAUGUGGAGAUAUCCAUCGUCCCGCCGUCCCCUGACCCUGCACUCGCGCUGCGUGUGAGAGACUGCUUUGCCUACCCCGCGUCUAAACACUCUGUGUGGUCCCUACUCCAUGAUGGAUGUCCUAACCCUCUAGACACCAUGAGAAGCUCUGUCCCUGUGGACAACCAGGGGACAACCACCACUUACUCUCAGGUCAGGCGCUUUGAUGUGAAGACCUUUGCCUUCUUGGACCCUGAUACUGGCAAACAAAGUGUGGAACAGAUAUACUUUUACUGUUGGGUGGAAAUCUGCACAGAAGAUGUGGACUGUGCCCAGCGUUGUACCAUCAUCUCAUCAGAUGCAGAGCGACAGAGAAGGCAGACCAGUCCUGCAUCCCGUCAGGUCCAGCUCGUAUCCGUAGGUCCGCUUCAACUGGUCCACGAAAACGCAGAACUGGACGACCUUCGGAGUGGGAAACUGAGCAAUGUGUUCAGUUGCUCUUCGGUCAAGCAUCCGAAGACGCUGCUGCAAGCAGAGGGCCGACGAGCAAGCUCACUUUAAAUAAGCCGAACGCGUUCUGCAUUAUUAUUUGUAAUGAGUUUGUUUUUGUUACUUUGCUCCAAGUUUAAGUUUCUCUUCUAAAUUGUGUUUUUUGAGGAUUUAGAGGAAAUGAACUUCUGCAGCUCUUCUAAAAAAAAUAAACUAUUUCCAUUCUUGCUUUGA